AUGUCAGUUUUAACUACAAAACCUGAUUCUUUACAAGAACAACAAAUAAAAUCUGAACAUGAUCAUACAUCUACGAUAGAUAAAUCAACAGAGAUGAUUCGACAACGAGUCGAAGAUCGUCAUUGGCAACUAUUUGAAGCACGUUUGAAAAAACAAUUACCAAAAGUAAAUAAAGAAAAUUAUACUAACCCAAAUGAUUACCGUAUAAUUGAUCGUUUAAAAAAAGUCGAUCAACCACAACCACCUAUUGAACCUCAUCAACGAUGGGAAAUAUUUUGUAAUCAAAUUACAAAUAAAUCAAAUGAAACAAAUCGUCUUAUGUCUAUAUUUCAUCAUGUUUGGCUUAAAAAUUGGAAUACAAAACGAAUAAAUGAAAUCGAAAAACGAUUUAUGACUGAUCCAACAUUAAAUAAAAAUAUUUUUUUAAAUUUUAUAUCAACAAACAAUAAUGAUCAAAAAAUAAUUUCCUCAAUACUUCAUCGAACUACUUCAUCUGACAAAGUUUCUACUGAUAAAUAUAAAAAAUAUGUAAUAUGA